AUGGCUCCCGUACAGGAACAACAGAGCACGGUCGACCGUCUGGAUCGGCCGAGCGCCUACUUUGAUGCGAAGAGACGGCGGAACAACCAUCGCCACCGCGACGACAUUGAGGCCGAGGCCCCUGCGGAAGACCCCCUCGCCAAUGCGACGACGCUCUACGUGGGCAACUUGUCAUUCUAUACAACCGAAGAACAAGUCUACGAGCUGUUUUCCAAGUGCGGCGAGAUCAAGCGCUUGAUCAUGGGCCUCGACCGGUUCAACAAGACCCCCUGCGGCUUCUGCUUCGUCGAGUACUACACGCACCAGGACGCCCUCGACUGCAUGAAGUACAUUGGCGGCACGAAGCUGGACGAGCGCAUCAUCCGCACAGAUUUGGACCCGGGCUUCCAGGAGGGCCGGCAGUACGGCCGCGGCAAGUCGGGUGGCCAGGUGCGCGACGAGUACCGCGACGACUUUGACGAGGGCCGCGGCGGCCUGGGCCGGGCGCUGCAGAUGGAGCGAGACGCGGCACAGGAGCGCGAACGGGAGCGCGAGCGCGAGCGGCGUGCCAACCGCGACCGUGAGCGGGAGGGCGACCGUGACCGCGACCGGUAUGACCGGGGCGGGCGCAACAACCGGGGCCAUGACCGCGAUUACCGCAACGGGGGCGGUCGCGACGCAGCGCUGGAGGGCGACUUUGAUGACGUCCGGUGA